ACCGUAAACGCGCCGCAACACAACUGCCAAGCGAAGCAGGGCAACACACACAAUCGCUCUCGUAAAGUGCGUCGCGCACGAUCGCGAAAGAUCCCGGGCGGUACGGUCCGGCGUUGUUGGUACAGUGAAUGUGUGUGACGGAACACUCCUCCCCCCAGGCAAAAUAUGGUGCAGUUUUUCGCGAGAAGGCAUCAUCGGUAAAAUUACGAUCGCGUCGUUUGCUUUGAUUUUCCCCCGGCGGCGUGGUGCGACAGGGGGGCUCCCAGUUCAGGUGCGAAAAGUGCGCGUCCCGGUCGUAGUAGGGCUUCGCAUCCCGUUUUCCUUCUGUGUGGCUCGAACGCGUGCAUUUUUACAGUAAAAUAAAACGGAGCAAACUGCAAGAUUUAGUGCAUGUGCGUGUGUAUGUGUGUGUGUGCAGUUUUUCUUAAGUCAGUGAAGUUUUUCCAUGAGGCGCCUGUCUUUCUCUUCCAGACAUACGCUAAAGAAGACAAGUACUACAUUCCGAUGGCAAUGAGCUGAACAUAAUUUAAAAGAAAUCAAAAGAAACGAAAAGACAUCAAACUGCAUCAACUGUGGCUGCACAUUUUAAUGCGUAAUCAAGUGCACUGACCCUGUGGUAGAGUGCGUGUGUGUGUGUGUAAUUCACCGUUUGCUGUGCAAACGACCACCACCACCAACAACAACAACGUCGCGCAUCGUGUCCUUUUUUGUGUCCCCGAAACGAUGAAAGAAUCAUUAUCGCUGCAUGAGAAGAAGGUUAGCAUAAUGUCGAGCGGCAUCGGCGGUGGCGAGACGGGCGAAACCGGCCUAACCGCCGAUAAGAAAUUGAUCCCGAUCACGCAUUUGUCAGCGUGCCAGCAGAAGAAUCUAUUACAACCAAUCGAAAAUACGGCAACGGCCGUGGAGCAGCAGCAGCAGCAACAACUACAACAGCACCAGCAGCCCAUCAACGGUGCGGCGGCGGUGCUGUUGGCGACAGGGCUUCCACCACCACCAUCAUCAACAGCUGGAAAUGUGGAAGCUAUGUCGAUAUCGACGUCACCAUCAACGCCGGAAAUGACUCGGAUCUGUCUGGUGGGCCCGGUGGCACAGGAUGCGGCCACGCUGGCGGCGGCCCAAAGCCUCAAACUGCCGAUCGUGACUUCCGACACCGGCGCGGAGUACAUCGGGGACGACGACAUCAGCAUCAGCACCGUGUUCGUGCUGAACGACUUCGAAGGCCCGGUUUACGAUGCGAUCUACAAGGCGAAGCAAAGAAUCCUCGGACCACCGGCCUUACAGCAGGCUGUAAGAUUCAGUGAAGGUUUGGUGUGGAACAAUCGCCCGAUCUACAACUACUGCAUGCGCGGCGUCAUCACGUGCUUCACCGGCAUACGCAAGAAGGACGAACUGACACAUCUGGUGCAUUUGAUUCAUUCGAUGGGCGGCUCGAUACGGAAAGGCAUGGACACGAAGGUCACCCAUUUGAUCUGCAACUCUAGCGGAGGCGAAAAGUAUCGGUACGCCAUGACGUUCCGGUUAGCAAUCAUACGCCCGAACUGGGUGCUGGAGGCGUGGAAAAACCGGCACGAUCCUAACUUUUCCGCCACGAUCGAAACGUUCACCAAGCAGCACCGGCUGAAAGCGUUCGAGGGGCAGAAGGUGUGCUUCUUCGGCUUCCCGGAGGAGGAACAGCAGCACAUGAUCGAUGUGCUGCGCACGAACGGUGGCAUCCCGACCGAUCUGGAAGAUCCGGAAUGUUCGCAUGUGGUAAUGCCAAACACGGGCGCACACUUGAUCGAUGCAACCAUGCCGCUGGAGAGUGUUUCGCCGAAGAAACUGGCCACCGUUUCACCACCACCAGCAGCAGCAGCAGCAGCGGAUGUACCUGGGAGCGAAGAGCCAGAAGCGAGAGAGUUGAAGCAGCAGCAACCACCGGAGAGCAAUGCCGGAAAGGAAGCCACCGCGGCACUACCGUCCCUGCCGGAAGAGAACGAAUCGACGGAAGGAAUGGCAGUAGAGCCGGCAGGAAGCCGCAACGAUCGGAACGGCGAUCACAUGCUGAGCAUUGCGGAAAAUGACAACAAUCGGAAUCAGUUUGCGGAAAGCAGCACCGCCCGCCCGGCGGUGCCGUACAUUGAUGAGGCAGCAGUACCGGAACCAAUGCCGGCAGCAGUAACAACGAACACUGCUGCACCAAAGCAGGACGGCAUCGUGCUUACAUCCGGCGAAGCGAACGAAUUUCUCAACCCGAACAAUCUUUCGCCCAUUUUAAAAACCGAACGGGGCGGCGGAUGCAGCAUGGUGGACGAGUCGUUCCGCCGGAUCGUGGAGGAGAAGGACGAGGACGACGAGGACGACGAUACGAUGGACGAUUACGUGAUCGCUAGCCGGGAGGCGUACAAGCGCAAACGGCAGGAGGAUAGCUUCGACGACCCGUCGCUCCUGUCGGUGGACAUUUCAAUCGCAUCGACCAUCGGUGGCGCCACCAAUGGUGGUGGUGGUGGUGGUGGUGGUGGUGCCCUACUACUGCACGGCGGUUCGGCCAAAAAGCCGAAGCUGACGCGGACGGGCUCGAUUACGCGCGGCAUACGGCGUAGCAUGAGCUUUGCCGCGAUCAAGACGCCGAUCAAGACGAUGCUGCGGUCGCGCCGCAGCUCGGUCGACCCGAACGCGUCGAACGCGUCGAUCAACAACACGAUCGAGGCGACGUUCAACGAGUCGAUCAAGAAGCCGGUGAAGGAGAAGCUGCGCAGCAUCCGGGACAAGAUCACGAAGAGCGGCAAGAAGGACUGCACGCCCAAGACGAUCAAGGGCCGGGGUUUGAUCACGACGGCCAAUCUGGACAGCCUGAAGCAGGUGUGCAACUUCAAGUCGGUGGAUGGCGGGAAGGCGACGGUGGUAGUGUCGGCCGGACCGCACACGCCCGAGCAGCAGUGCAAGGAUCGGAGCGAGGUGGACUUCAAGACACCGGUCGCGCCGGUUGCCGCCGCCGGCUUUGGCGGGCUGAACGGUUCCGCUACGAAGAUGCUGACGCGCAGUCGGGGCAAGAUUGGGAGCGGUUUGGCGAAAGGUGCAGCAACACUGCAGCAACGCCACUCGAUCGCGUCGAUUGGUGGGGCAGGAGCGGAUGAGGAGGAUACGCUGAUGGAGCUGGACGAGGAGGAGGCGGUGGCGGCGGCGGCGGCUAAGGCUACGAAUGCCGCUUCUUCGAUGGCGGUCGACGAGGAGGAGCAGGGAAAGAAUGUCGAUGCCGGCGCCGGCGUUGGUUCGGAAGAUGCAGACAUGAUGCCGGUGGUGGAUGAGCACGUCGUUCAGGCGAAACCGGAAACGAAGAAUAAAAACACCCACAUCGUCAAGGCCGACUGGUUCUGGUACACGAUCCAGGCAGGCUAUGCGAACGAGUUCGACUAUCUGUUUGCGGACUAUUUGGAGAGCAUAGCGCACACACCGGUCGUGGAUCGGCGCGAUUCGCUGCCGGUCAGCUUCAAUAAGCGCAAACGGAAGCGCCUCUCGCAGCGAACGCCGGCGGACGGUGGUAGCGGCGGGACGCCGCUCGGUGUCGGCAAACGGCGCUCGUCCGUGUCCGAUGCCGGGUUGCUGUCCGUGUCCGGCAGCUUCCUGGACUGCACGGUCAGCCCGGACAAGCAUGAGAGCAGCAAGAAGAACGCCAUUCCCGAUUCGGCCAAAGCGUCCGCCGACCAGCAGCAGCAGCAGCAGCAGCAAUCGGGCAAAACGCAGUCGAUGCGGCACAACCACUUUAUGGACUUUUUCCACACGGAAUCGAACUACGUCGGCAUACUGGACACGAUCGUGAAGCUUUUUAAGGAACCGCUCGAAGAGAUGGUGGAGAAUGAAAAUCCGCUGCUGAACAAAUCGGAACUGCGGUCCAUCUUUGGCAACUUUCUACCGAUCCACGACGUGCACAAGCGGAUGCUGGACCGGCUGAAGGCGAUACACGCCUGCUGGAGCGAGGAGGUGCUGAUCGGGCAGAUCGUGCUGGACCAUCGGGACGAUCUGCUGAAGGCGUACCCGCCGUACGUGAACUUUUUCGAGCAGAUGAAGGAAACGCUCGUCCAGUGCGAUGCGAGCAAUCCGCGGUUUCAUGCAUUCCUCAAGAUAAACACGAAGCCGGAGUGCGGCCGGCAGUCGCUGCAGGAUCUGAUGAUACGGCCGGUGCAGCGAUUGCCCAGCAUCAGCCUGCUGCUUAAUGACAUACUGAAGCACACCGGCAAAGCGAACCCGGACCACAAAAAGCUGGACGACGCGCUGAAAGCCAUCCGGGAGGUGAUGACGUACAUUAACGAGGAUAAGCGCAAAACGGAGGGACAGAUGGCAAUGUUUGACAUUUUCAACGAUAUCGACAACUGUCCGCCCCAUCUCGUCUCGUCGCAUCGUAGCUUCGUGUCGCGGUGCGAGGUGACGGAGCUGUCGGACAGUCUGAGCGGGCGCGGCGAUCCGCUGGUACUGUUUCUGUUCAGCGAUACGCUCGAGGUGUGCAAAAAGCGCUCCCGGGUGUUCAAUAAUGUGAAGUCGCCGAACACGAACAGCCUCAAUCUGACGCGCUCGUCCUGCGCGACGACGAAACCGUACAAGCACGUGAAGCUGAUGCCGCUCAGCACGGUCCAGCUGGUGGUGAACAUCGUGGACAGUCCGCGCGCCUUCAUGCUGAACUGCCGCGAGCUGGCCCAGAACGCGAAGGACCGCCAGUACUCGUUCAACAUUGCGGACGAGGAGCAGGACAAGCUGCUCUACCUGAAGAGCCUGUCGAAGCAGAUGGCGGAGAACGCGUGCCGGACGGAUGCGGGCCACUUUCUGAUCAACAGCACCGCGGACGAAGUGGACAUCGACGUGAGCGACAUUAAUGUGGGCACGCUGUCGAAAGCGUUCAAAAUUGCUUCCAAGACGCGGAUGAAGGUCGGCCGUGUGUUUUCGUUCAACAAAACGCCCUCGAAGCUGAAGCGCACCGUGUCCACGAUGAUGCCGUCGCCGUUUGGCAGUACGCAGUCACUGACGCCCGCCUCCCAGCUGGCACAGAUGAAACUGGCAAGCUGUACGAAUUUAAAUGAGGUUUGUGAGGAAGGAGCCGACUCGAACGGAUCGUCACCCUCGUCCUCCAAGCUGGUAGCGCCGAUGUCCGUGCAGCCGACGCGCAAAAACAAAAAUCCACCCAUAUCGAUCGGUGCCCUUCGACCCCUCUAGAAGGCUGCUUGAUCCGCUUUAAAGCAUCGACAGAGAGAGCUGGAACGCGAUUGUAUUGUACAGUUGGACAGUUGUACCGAUUGUGUGCGUGUGUGGUAUCGUUCGAGCGCUAUAAAGCGGUUGCUGCUGAUGCUAUUCGAAAUUUAUGUACAUAUUAUAAUCAACAGAUUAGUAAGUUAUAACAUGAUCGAAUCGAAUUGCGCGCUACCAUGCCAUGCCAUGCAGAUUUUAGGGAAGUAGUAUCGUUGUUUCCCCUCUGUUCAAAAUUACGAGCCGUACGAUAUGUGUGUGUGCGCGUUGUCAAUACUUUUUUUCUUCUUAAUUGAUUUGUAGUCUUACACUUAUGGUAUCAAUAAUCAUAUUUUUAACGCUGAA